AAGAGAAAACUGACAAAUCAAAGCAGCAUCUCGUGUCUCAUUUUAAGUGUAGGUGAGUGAUGGGUGGGAGCUGGUUUUGUUUUAAGGCCUCAAUGAAACGUGGAAUAUCCCAUUUGGGGUGAAUUAAACGACAAUGGUUUCAUGAAUGCAGUCCCUUUAAGGCCUUUGUAGUUUCCACACACACACAACAGAACCACAUUUUAUUCUGAUUCUUUCAAAGUGCACAAAGCUCCAUUCGCUGCAUGAAAGUAAAAAAAUUAUUUUGCUGCUACAUUGCACUUCAAAGCCUUCUCUAUCUUGCGUGCAUAUGUUAGUUCUCGAAGCACGUAACAUGAGUGAGGCCACUGAUAUUUUAAAACAGUAGUUUGUGAAUAUGUAGUAGAGUAAAUUAAUGAAAUUUAGGUCUAUGGGUAUAGACAAGGAUAUAGGGAUAAUAUAUUAAAUGGUGAUCGUUUAGUAUUGUGGUAUUUAUCUAAGUACCAUGGUCAUAACUCCUGAUACCAGUGUAGCAAGGUACUGCCACAGUUCUUUUUUGUAAUAGUCCUAUUGAAGCUUAAACAAUUUUAAACGAAACAUCACUCCAUUCAAACAUUUUUAUGCUCAGAUCACAAACUUUAAACAAAGACUGGUUAUCAGAAGUCCACUUGAACUAAAUUUAGCCAUGUUGAAUGAUCCAUUUGAAUGAUGUAACCCCUUAUUCUCCGCAGUGUGGUUAAGUGCAUCACUCUCUUUCUUUCUAUGUGUUCCACUGCUCACUCAUCUUUUCCUGUCUCUGACUGAGACCUGUGGCCUAGGUGACGAAGAAAAGUGAUCAGAGAAGGUGGUGAACUUUGUGGGCUGAAAGACCUCCUGCAACAUAGACCCUUCAUCACAGUAGAGUUUCAUAAUUAGAAGUGUGCAAGAGGACAAGAUGAAGUUCAUUUAUCUAACUGCCUUUCUUUGCUCUCUCGUGGUGAUGGGUGUUGUGUCAACAGGGGAUGUUGGACCAGUAGUAAGUUGUUGUUUAAAGGUUUCAGACACCAGAAUACAUCAAAGAAACAUCAAAGAUUAUAGAAUUCAAAACUCAUCACUUUGUCAUCUCAAAGUUGUAGUGUUCACCACUGUGAAUAAUAGACAUAUAUGUUCAGAUCCAGAAGAUAGCUGGGCCAAGCAGGCUAUGUGCGAGGUGGAUAGAAAAAAAUCUAACAAACAGCCUGCCGUUGGUUGCAGGAAAAUAUAUCCAACUUCUACAAUCAGCAUCUUAACUCCAGUGAGAACAGGGAGCACACACAUCUCUAUGAGUACUACGACACCUGGACCUGAGAAAAUUACAUCACAGAUCACAUACAGCUCAGAUAAAGUGACAAACAAAUUAACAACCACUGCAGUGGUCACCACCACACCACCACCUAUGUCCACAAGGAUUACCAAGGAGAAAGUGACCUCAGCAAAACCUACUACCAAAACAACUGUUAAAGAACCUUCAACUACAACAUCUUCACUGCCAAUGACUCUGACCACCAAUCGAGGUGGGCUUACAUCACCAUUGCCAAUAGAUGUCAAAGGAAAUACCAUCUCAAAGACAACGGACAAAAUACAAAAUGUUUCUGGGAAAAAACAUCUGAGAAUUAAAAAUAUAAUGAAGAAAAAAAGAGGUAAAAGCAAGAAACAACUUCACAAAUUUCAGAUGAAAUUAAAAAAAAAAGAGUAAAUAUUAAAUCUAAAAUAUUUUUUGGGAAUUGAAGUUGGCAUAUGAAUGCUUUACAGUUGAAGAAUUGUGAAGGUACUCAUGGAAAUGUGAGAUUCUCUGAGGCCAAAGCACUACAUAGUAGCCAUGCUACAUGUCUAAUGUAAAAAAAAAAAAAAAAAAAAUGUAUGUAUGUAGAUUCUGAAUGUAAAAUAAUUUGCUUUAUUUUUGAG